AAUUAUUUAAUGGUUGCAUUUUCGAGGAUCACAAUGAUUGUACUUGUAAUAGAGCCAUGGUCAGUAUUGACUAUGAAUUUUACAAGUACAACGGCGUUGACGUAGUUCCUUUCCGAUUGUACUUGUUUGUUUUGUACUUUUAUUUGAUUUGAUUUUUGGAAUAAUAAAAAUGCAUUCGAGCACCGAGGAAUUGAUUCCAACGACAGUAGGAAUAAUAGCAACACCAUCAAACAUCUUCACAGCUUCUUCAACCCAGGAGCGACAUGUAACUACGGCUACCAAGAAUUAUGAGACAACAUGUUGGGGUUGUGGACUGCACCUUUUGCUUCCAUCUCGUGCACCAGUGUUCAAAUGUGGCUGGUGUGGGGCCAUAACAGAUCAGAGCAAACAGAAAUGUGACAAGAAUGGCCUUAGAUGGAGACUACUGCGUGAUCGAUGCAUUGUUACUAUUGUCAUCAUGUUUAUGCUCUUUAUAAUUUUUGGCGGGGUGUGGGCAAUUUAUCCUGUCGUCUAUUCUAUCAGUCUUUCUGGGAUUUUCCACUCUAUCAUUACGGUAACCUUGGCUGUAGCUACCAUUUCCUCUUUCAGCCUUUCAGCUUUUCGUUGUGCUGGCACACCACCAAACUUAGUGUGGGGAAGCUACCCCACUAUAGGGAAUGGUGACCUUGAAAAUUAUACCUUCUGUCACUACUGCUCGAGACCCAAGUCACCCAGAACUCAUCACUGCCGCUCUUGUGGAAAAUGUAUACUGAACAUGGAUCACCACUGCCCAUUUAUCGGGAACUGUGUUGGCGCAGCUAAUCACCGCAGCUUCAUUGCAUUCCUAAUUUCAGGAUUGUUCAGCACCAUCUAUAUUUCUAUAGUGUCUGUACACGCUGGCUUUCAUAUGUGGCCGCCAUUGACAUAUUCCAUUGGACGCAUACAUGGGACCACUAUUGAAAAUCUAGCCUGGAGAAUUGUGAAAGAAACUAUUUUUGCCUUUAUGAGAUCUGUGCAACUUCUAUCCGCUAGAGGGUUUAUUCUCAUUUAUCUAUUUGUUGCAAGUUUUUCAAUGAUGAUAGGGUUGAGUGUUCUUCUAUGGCAGCAGCUACGUUUUAUUUAUGAGGGAGAAACUUACUUGAGUCACCUAAGUUCGCAAGGGCAUAAUGGAGAUGGAAUGAAGGAUUGCCAAAAUCUUGUUAGAUUUUUUGGUUUUUCAUUUUCGGUAAAACGAUAUUUGCCCAAGUUCCUAGUUAGUAGUUACUCAGAAGAGACACAUAAAGGGAAAUACACAUGAUCUGUGAUCAAAGCGUUUCUUAUAUUUCUUCUCUAUUUCACAAUUUUGUAUCAAAAGUAAUUUCUUGAGUAUGUAUAUCUGAAAGAUAUAUCAUUAGUCAUGUCAAUUAUUAAAUUAGAGAAUUGUUCCUGGAUAUGCACCAAGUCAGAUUGAGUUCGGAACAUGUAUUUUACAGGUCACACGAAGUGAGGUUUUACGUGCAUUCCAAUAGGAGGAUACAUGUUUAUUUCAUCUAAAAGAAACUGAUUGAAUAAUGCACAUUUAUAAAUAUGGAGCUUAGUUUUCAUAA